AUGACGCCCCCGACACUCCCACUGGUCCCGUCCCUUUCGGCCUCUCGACAAGCACCACUCCUCUUGCCCCUCGAGCCAUUGACACCGGCGGCAUUCUCCGCCUUCGGCACCGCCAUAUCUCCGCCCUUUGAACCGUCGUUGACGACGCCUCCGCGCUCAGCCGCAUCUAUCCCCGUUCCGCUUCACUCGCCGCACCAGCCCGCGCCGGUGUUUGCGAACCAGAAUUCCGCGCUGAAGACGUCCCCCAUCUCGCAGUUCACUAAUAACUAUCCCGUCGCCCCGGCGCCGGCCUCACAGCCCCAGAUGAGCAUGUUCUCGUGCUUCCCGCGAAACCUGAGCGGGAUCGGGAUCGAGACAGCCCCGUCGUCGGGCGAGACCAUCUUCCGCGUCUCCAUCCUCGAGCGACACCCGUACACGACUCAGACGUUCUGCCCGCUUGGUCUCUCCGCCGCGGACUCAUCAUCGGCCGUGUUUCUCGUCGUCGUGGCGCCCUCGCUGCCCGUUUCAACCACAGCCGCCACCCUCACACCCGGCGCUGGCGCAGUGACCGUCGCCAAUCCCCCGGAUCUCACCCAUCUGCGCGCCUUCAUCGCUAGAGGCGACCAGGCUGUCACGUAUGCCCCCGGCACAUGGCACGCGCCCAUGGUCGUGCUGGGCCAGCGACGGGUCGAUUUCCUCGUCACGCAGUUUGUCAACGGCGUGGCGGAGGACGAUUGUCAGGAGGUGUUACUGGGACGGAAUCACGUCGGGGUGGAUCUGAGUCGGCUGGGGUUGCUGGGCGGGGAUGGAAAUGGAAACAAGGCGAGAGGCCCAAAGUUAUAA